AUCACUGGAAACAGAUGGUAGAUGACAUACUGUUGAAGCGUAGAUUGUUAAGUGAAAAUCAGAAUCUGAUUCUUAAUGAUAUGCAGCUCCAGUUCUACGCACUUGCAGAAAUUGAUGACCUCCUUCGUGCUAUUGGCAAAAGUUUAAAGAAUUUUACUCAACUCCCACAACCGCCUCUCAGUUACCUGCAUCAUGGAACAAAUAACUUGAUAAUUGAAGAAACUAGCUACAAUUUAUCGGAGAUGAAAGCUGAUCAUGAGAAUCUGCUUGCGCAGUGCAAUGAAGAACAAAUGAGUGUUUAUAAAGAUGUUUUAGCUUCAGUUAAGUCCAAUAAAGGUGGACUAUUUUUUGUAUAUGGCAGCGGUGGCUGUGGAAAAACAUUUUUAUGGAGAACACUAAUAGCCCAACUGCGAUCUGUUGGUGACAUUGUGCUUCCUGUUGCCUCCUCUGGCAUUGCUGCCACACUAUUGCCUGGUGGGCGUACUGCACAUUCGCGGUUCAAAAUUCCGAUAGUCCUUGAUGAAUAUUCACUCUGCAACAUUGGCCACAAUUCUGACAUUGCUGAACUUAUUAAGCAGACGAAGCUAAUAAUCUGGGAUGAAGCCCCCAUGCAACAUAGGUAUGCUUUUGAAUGUUUGGACCGGUCGUUGAAAGAUAUCAUGAAAUCUGUUGAUCCGUCACGUGCAUUGUUGCCGUUUGGCGGUAUUACUGUUGUUCUGGGUGGUGAUUUUAGGCAGAUCCUGCCUGUCAUCACCCAAGGAGAUAGAAGUGAGAUAGUUUCAGCGUGUAUCACAAGAUCGCGGCUUUGGUCAAUAUGCAAGAUUUUUCUCCUUACCAGAAAUAUGCGUCUUAAUGAAGGUAAAUCUGAGAAAGAGGUUCAGGAACUAAAACAGUUUGCAGAGUGGGUACUCUAUGCUGGCGAUGGGAAAUUGCCACCGCCUGACAAGUCAUUAUUUCCAUCUGCCAAAGAAGAUGACAUUUUAGUCCCACCUCAAUUCUGUGCAGUUGAACAAGAUAACACUGUUGAGAACAUGAUUGCAAGUACUUUUCCUAAUUUUCUUCACAAUUGCAAAGAUCCCAAAUAUUUGAGUGAGCGAGCCAUUCUAACUCCCACCAAUCAAACUGUAAGUCAACUGAAUUCUCUCAUAGUUGAGAAAUUGCCUGGUGAUUCAGUAUCAUAUUUCAGUGUAGACAGUGCUGAGGAUUUUGGUGGAACCGAAGAUGACUUGAACUCUGCUUUCCCGAUUGAAUAUCUCAAUUCAAUGAAUGUUCCUGGAAUGCCACAUCAUGAUCUUAAAAUGAAAGUGGGAGUUGUGGUCAUGCUAAUGAGGAACUUGAACCAAACUUUGGGUCUGUGUAAUGGAACACGGAUGAUCGUUACAAAAUGUCUGAAGUUUUGCGUAGAGUGUGAAGUAAUAUGUGGUUCUUUUGCUGGCACACGCCAUUUUAUCCCACGGAUGGAGUUAUGUCCAAGUGAUACAAGAAUGCCUUACAAGCUGAUUCGCAAACAAAUGCCAUUGCAAGUUUGCUAUGCAAUGACCAUUAAUAAGGCGCAAGGUCAGUCACUUCAAAAUGUGGGAUUGUAUCUUCCUAAAGCUGUUUUUACUCAUGGUCAGUACUAUGUCGCGAUUAGCAGAGUUACGUCUCCUCAAGGGUUAAGAAUUUUCAUUGACGAUGAAAGUGGACAGCCUACUAACAUAACUGCCAAUGUUGUGUACAAAGAAAUUUUCUAUUCCUUACCAAAGUUGUAG